UAGUGUAAAUAACAUUUUUGUGUAAGAAAUAGUCAUGUUUUUUUAAAACAAAAAAAUGAGGGUAAAGAACGGCAAUGUUUCCUAUCUUUGCAAAUCACUUUAACAUCUGGCUUAACAGAAGACAGUAGAUUCUCUUAUCUGCUUUUGCAUUCAAGUCCUGGUGAUGCCAGAGGCGUGAGAGCCUCCAGAACAUUCCACUCCAGGUCAGAAAGCAAUGAAAGUGGAAGGCCAACAUUAUUUUAGUAUUGCUAUGCAAACAGCACUGGCCUCUGGGAUGGAAGAGUCCCUGGGGUCUCUGGGGUCCCUGGGCCGGAGGCCGGCUGAGGAGGAGAGGGGAGGGGCGGCUCGGUGGGCUGACGAGUGUGUCCUGGCAGGUGUGCUGGCGCUGUGGGUGCUGGUGACGCACGUGAUGUACAUGCAGGAUUACUGGAGGACCUGGCUCAAGGGACUGCGCGGCUUCUUCUUCGUGGGCGUCCUCUUCUCGGCAGUGUCCGUCGCCACAUUCUGCACCUUCCUUGUGCUGGCUGUCACCCGACACCAGAGCCUCACAGACCCCAACAGCUACUACCUCUCCUGCGUCUGGAGCUUCAUUUCCUUCAAGUGGGCCUUCCUGCUCAGCCUUUACGCCCACCGCUACCGGGCUGACUUCGCCGACAUCAGCAUCCUCAGCGAUUUCUGACCCAAGGGGUGCGGCUUCUGUACCUUGGGGGUCCUCAGGACCUGGACUCAGCCUCUGAGACACUGGACAGGCCUGCCACACCCCCUGGAAGCCCUAGAUCUGUGGCAGAAGAAACACAGCAAGAGGACUGCGGUCUCCUAGGAAGCUGUCCUGUCCCCUUUGUGGGACACCCGGGUGCGGUGGAAAGGGGUCCUUCCUGCCACGUUGCUUCUCACCGGCCUGGCUGGAGGGCGGCUUUAGACCUUUUCAGAUGGAUCUAUUUUCUUAGCACUAAGUGAGGAAUCUUUGUAAGCAGGGCCAGGGCAAUGAGUCAAGGGGUAGGGCAGUGAGCCUUGACCUCUGCCUGGGGGCACUCUCCCGCAGGCCAGGCUGAGAACCUGGGAGGUCAGGUCACGUAAGGAUCUCUACAGACCUCCCAACCCUGACCCCAGCACCUCAUCCUGUUGUCCUUUGAGGGUCAGGCAGCUUAACUCCUCAAUCCCAGGGAUGACUCUCCUUUCCCAAGGCCUGGGGAUCUGAGUGGAAAGUCAAGCGUCCCUCUUCCUCCCAGAGCUGAUCUCCCAUGAGUGUGCUAGAGCCAGUCAUCUCCUUCACCAUGCCACACACCCCAAAGCGGGACUCACCGAACGGGGCCGGACUAGCUGUCUGGGGAGGGUGCCCUGCCCCCAGAAGGGCUCCGGGGAAGGGGGCAGCAUGGUGCAGUCUGGAGGGAACCCCGCAGAUCUGCAGGGGUUCCAUGCACCUGCAGCCCUGUAUUUCUAUCACUUCUCACAUGCAUCACCCCUGGCCACGAGACGUCCCCCCACUCCCCCCGCUCACUGCCCUCUGCCUAGAGCUUUCAUCUUUUUAAAUCUCCCUUCUGAAGGACAAAAUCUGCUUUUCUGCCUAUACACUGGCACAAGGGCUCACUAACUCGGGAGGGAAAGAGCUAUUAUUACAUAUCUUUUUAUGUCAGGUUGCCAUUUUGCACGGUUUACCCUUUUCCCACCUGAUGUGUCCUGCCCUUCAGCUCUUUGCCUUAUCUGUGUCACUGUCACUUUAGCAGAAAUACAGCGGCCAUUUGUAUCCGCCA